UAAACAAACCAUGCGAAGUCGUUCGUUCCUUUUUUCGUUUACACCUCGCCGGCUUAUGCCUGCGACUUCAUCUGCUCAAAGUUUUAAAAAAGGUCGCAAAGUGUCUCAUGUGCUAUUUUUGCCAAAAUUCAAGGUGUUCGGAAUUAUUGAUUUAUUGGUGACUUAUCGACAAUUCGUACGUACGUUCAGCGAAUAAAAAACGAAAAUGGCAGCCGAUAAUGAAAUAAUUGUACAUGAAAGUAACGAGAUUAAGGACAAUGCAAUUGACGUCGGCGGUGCACUCGACAGGGUUAUCGAACAUGUUGGCGAACUGGGCUUAUAUCAGCGCCUGCUGUUUGUAUGUAUGCUGCCGUUCGGCAUGGUGUGGGCCUUCGUAUACAUGGGACAGAUAUUCAUCACCGCCACGCCACAGGAGCACUGGUGCAGAGUGCCAGAGUUGGCAGGCCUUAGCGUGGAACUCAGACGAACCCUCUCUAUCCCGGAAGCGGUCGAAGGCAACUACGACCACUGCAGGAUGUACGACGCCAACUGGACGCAGGUGCUACAGACCCUGAUGCCGCCGGAGCCUGGCACACCUACAGUGCCCUGUCAGCACGGCUGGGAGUUCCUCUUUGACGACAUACCUUACUCCACUGUAGUUAACGAACGGGAAUGGGUGUGCGAUCAAGCGAGCAAUGUACCGUGGUCUCAGACGAUAAACUUCGUCGGCUCCAUUUUCGGAGGGAUCAUCUGCGGCACGUUAGCAGACAAGUAUGGUCGACUUCCUGUUUUAAUUUUUGCAAAUAUCGUCGGCUGUCUGGGCGGUGUGGCGACCAUGUUUACGAACGGUUUCUGGGACUUUUCGAUGUGUCGUUUUAUAGUCGGCAUGUCCUGUGACAGCUGCUUCAUGAUCAUAUACAUUCUGGUAUUGGAAUACGUAGGUACUCGGUACCGCACCCUGGUGGCUAACAUGUCAAUAGCUCUGUACUUCGGCGGCGGAUGUCUUCUGCUGCCGUGGCUGGCGCUGUGGAUCUCCGACUGGCGUUACUUUGUGCUGGCCACCUCACUUCCCAUGCUACUAGCUGUGUUCACGCCUUUAAUAGUGCCUGAGAGUGCCAGGUGGCUAGUAUCAAAGGGUAAAGUAGAUGAUGCUGUAAAGCUUUUGAAAAGAUUCGAAAGAUUAAAUCAGACUAAAAUACCACAGCAAGUGAUGGAUGAUUUCAUUUUUGCUGGAAUAACUAACAACGAAAAAGAAGACAACAUCUUCACGCUACUGAGGACACCGUCUCUUCGUAAGAUGCUGGCACUGUUGGUGAUCACCUUCAGUGCGGUGGCGGUGAUAUUCGACGGCAUCAUCCGCAUGUCGGAGAACCUCGGCCUCGACCUCUUUAUCACUUUCGCUGUUACCUCCGCAUCGGAGAUACCGUCUAUUGGUAUACUGGUGUUUUUGUUAGACAGAUUUGGUCGACGUAAGCUAGUUUUUAUUCCAGUAAUGGUAUCAGGCAUUUUGUCUUUAAUAACUGCCUUCCUUCCUCGUGGCGUGGCUACAGUUUCCGUGGCGACGUUGGCGCGGUUCUUCAUCAACAUGGCGUACGGCGCCAUCAUCCAGUGGACACCAGAGCUGCUGCCGACAGCGACGCGGGCGUCCGGAGCCUCGCUCGUGCAUAUCAGCGCCUUUGGGGGACUUGUUGUCUCCCCUUUCAUUGUAUAUUCGGAACGUGCUUGGGAAGGUCUGCCGCUGAUCAUCAUUGCAGUGCUGGCGGUGAUAUCUGGCGCGGCGGCAUUGUUCCUGCCGGAGACAGCUGGACGCAGCAUGCCGCAGACCAUGGAGGACUGGCACCAACUUGCGGCCACCGCGCCCUGUCAUCAGAAACAAAGAGACACCGAGGCGUCCUCCGGUGUGCCGGUGAGCAGUUGACACCCGACCACGGAUCUCCUUCAAGCGCUCCACUUCAACUUUUAUUUACGAUACAAUAAAUCUAGUAAUAACUUC